CCUCUGCAGGAGCCUGGAGAGCUGUCUGUGAAUGCAGUUUAGGGAGAAACACACAGCAGAUGCCAUAGGGAAGAAACAGGACCAAGGACAGCAGCCCUCCCCAUCAGUGACAGCACCAUGCACAGAGCAUGCAACACCUUCUCUCCCAUUGCAUUUGGGUAACUAGGAUCAGCAGAAGCAGCCCAGAUCCACAUUGAUGCAUGCAUGCACUUCUUUUUUUUUUUUUGCAAGCCCAGUGCACAUGCGUUAGGAGAUCUGCAGCUGACACACCACAGUGCUGUGUGCUUGCAAGAAGGGAGCUGCAGGCUUGGAGUGGAGGAAGCCAGGAGGGAGUGAUUGCUAACCAUUAAAGAGCUGGGAAAUGACUGACAGGACAGCCCCAAAUUGCCACCUGAGGUUGGAAUGGGUCUAUGGCUACAGAGGACACCAGUGCCGUAACAACCUUUACUACACAGCUGCUAAGGAGAUUGUGUACUUUGUAGCUGGAGUCGGUGUGGUUUAUAACACCAGGGAGCACAAGCAGAAAUUCUUCCUGGGCCACAAUGAUGACAUUAUCAGCCUGGCUUUGCAUCCUGAGCGAGUGUUGGUGGCCACAGGACAAGUUGGGAAAGAGCCAUACAUCUGUGUGUGGGACUCGUACACUGUGCAGACGGUCUCUAUACUCAAGGAUGUGCACACCCAUGGAAUAGCAUGCUUGGCAUUUGAUGUGGAUGGACAGCGCUUGGUCUCUGUGGGUCUGGACUCCAAGAAUUCAAUUUGUGUUUGGGAUUGGAGGAAAGGAAAGCUGCUGUCAAUGGCGCCUGGUCACACAGACAGGAUAUUUGACAUCUCGUGGGAUCUUUAUCAACCCAAUAAGCUGGUCAGCUGUGGUGUGAAACAUAUUAAGUUCUGGAGUCUGUGUGGCAACUCGUUAACGCCAAAACGAGGGGUGUUUGGUAAGACGGGUGAUCUGCAAACCAUUCUGUGCCUGGCCUGUGCGAGGGAUGAAGUGACCUACUCUGGAGCCCUGAAUGGGGACAUAUAUGUCUGGAAAGGGUUAAAUCUAUCUCGUACCAUCCAAGGAGCACACAUGGCAAGAAUCUUCAGUAUGAAUGCGUGCGAAGAGGGCUUUGCCACUGGUGGCCGAGACGGCUGUGUGCGUCUGUGGGAUUUAAAUUUUAAACCAAUUACUGUGAUUGAUCUCAGGGAAACAGACCAAGGAUACAAAGGGUUAUCUGUUCGGAGCGUGUGUUGGAGAGGAGACCACAUCUUGGUUGGGACACAGGACAGUGAAAUCUUUGAGAUUGUGGUGCAUGAGCGAAAUAAGCCCUUCUUGAUAAUGCAGGGCCAUUGUGAGGGGGAACUCUGGGCUCUGGCUGUACAUCCUAAUAAACCGCUGGCAAUCACUGGGAGCGAUGACCGAUCAGUGAGAAUAUGGAGUCUGAUUGACCAUGCCCUUAUUGCAAGGUGCAAUAUGGAGGAACCUAUCCGUUGCGCUGCUGUUAGUACAGAUGGUAUCCAUCUCGCUCUUGGAAUGAAGGAUGGGUCUUUUACUGUGCUACGGGUCAGGGACAUGACCGAGGUUGUACAUAUAAAGGACAGGAAAGAAGCCAUCCAUGAACUCAAAUAUUCUCCAGAUGGCAGUUUACUUGCUGUUGGCUCCAAUGACAGUUUUGUAGAUAUCUACGGGGUUGUACAGCGAUACAAAAAAGUUGGAGAAUGUACAGGUUCGAUGACAUUCAUAACACACAUGGACUGGUCUUCAGAUAGCAAAUUUCUUCAAGCCAAUGACGGCAGUGGGAAACGCAUGUUUUAUAGAAUGCCAGGGGGUAAAGAUGUUUCAAACAAGGAGGAGCUUAAGGGCGUACAAUGGUCCAGGUGGACUUGUGUCUCUGGUUUGGAAGUAAAUGGCAUUGGGCCCAAAUAUUCUAAUCUUAAUGAUGUCAACUCCGUAGAUGCCAAUUAUCCUGGGCAGGUUCUGGUUACAGCUGAUGAUUAUGGGAUAGUAAAACUGUUCCGGUAUCCAUGUUUGAGAAAAGGUGCAAAGUUUAAGAAGUACCUUGGUCACUCAGCCCAUGUGACAAGUGUGCGGUGGUCACAUGACUAUCAGUGGAUUAUCUCCGUAGGUGGAGCUGAUCACUCAGUAUUUCAGUGGAAGUUCAUUCCUGAUCGAAAGAUGAAAGAUGUCCUGCAUAUUGCACCUCAAGAAAGUUUGGUCGAUUCCAACAGUGAUGAGUCAGAUUCUGAUCAAUCAGACGUUCCAGAGCUGGACUCUGAGAUUGAGCAAGAGACCCAGAUCACUUACCGGCGGCAGGUCUACAAAGAAGAUCUCCCUCAGCUAAAAGAGCAGUGUAAAGAAAAACACAGAAAUGCUUCUUCCAAGAGACGGGAACGUUCUCCACUCAACAGCAUUCGUCUGCAUUUCGUUCACGGUUACAGAGGCUAUGACUGUCGGAGUAAUUUGUUUUAUACUCAGACCGGUGAGAUCGUGUACCAUGUGGCCGCUGUUGGCGUAGUUUAUAACCGCCAGCAGAACACACAACGAUUUUAUUUAGGGCAUAACGAUGAUAUCCUCUGCCUGGCCAUUCAUCCACUGAAGGACUAUGUAGCCACUGGUCAGGUGGGCAGAGAUAGCACGGUGCAUAUUUGGGAUACAGAGACAAUCAAGCCUCUUUCAGUGUUAAAGGGGCACCACCAAUAUGGGGUCUGCGCUGUGGAUUUUUCUGCUGAUGGCAAGCGCUUGGCUUCGGUUGGGAUAGAUGACAAUCACACUAUUGUGCUGUGGGACUGGAAGAAAGGAGAAAAGCUGUCUUCAGUCAGAGGGAGCAAGGAUAAGAUUUUUGUAGUGAAGAUUAAUCCAUAUAUGCCGGACAAGCUAAUCACAGCUGGAAUGAAGCACCUAAAAUUCUGGAGAAGAGCAGGGGGAGGUCUUAUUGGACGCAAGGGUUGUAUAGGAAGUGGAUCGAAGAUUGACACAAUGAUGUGUGUGGUGUAUGGAUGGACAGAAGAGAUGUCCUUUUCUGGGACCUGUACUGGAGAUGUUUGUAUCUGGAGAGACCUGUUCCUCAUAAAAACAGUGAAAGCUCACGAUGGGCCUGUGUUCAGCAUGCACGCUUUGGAUAAGGGCUUUGUAACUGGAGGAAAAGAUGGUGUUGUAGCUCUGUGGGAUGACUCCUUUGAAAGAUGCCUCAAAACCUAUGCUAUCAAAAGGGCUGCACUAGCCCCUGGAUCUAAAGGGCUUUUAUUAGAAGAUAACCCCUCGAUCCGUGCCAUAUCUCUGGGUCAUGGUCACAUCCUAGUAGGAACCAAGAAUGGUGAGAUUUUAGAGGUGGACAAGAGUGGUCCUGUAACGCUACUUGUUCAGGGCCACAUGGAAGGAGAGGUUUGGGGUUUGGCCACUCACCCGCAUUUACCAAUCUGUGCCACUGUAAGUGAUGACAAGACUCUGCGUAUAUGGGACCUGUCCCCAAGCCAUUGCAUGCUUGCUGUGCGCAAGCUAAAAAAAGGGGGAAGAUGUUGUUCCUUUUCUCCGGAUGGAAAAGCUUUGGCUGUUGGACUGAAUGACGGGGGUUUUUUGAUUGUGAAUACAGACACUUUGGAGGAUCUGGUCUCUUUUCACCAUAGAAAGGACAUCAUCUCUGACAUUCGCUUCUCACCUGGUGCUGGAAAAUACGUGGCCGUUGCAUCUUAUGACAACUUUGUAGAUAUUUACAAUGUAAAGAGCAGUAAACGGGUUGGAGUCUGCAAAGGGUCGUUUAGCUACAUCACGCACAUAGACUGGGACGCACAGGGUAAGCUGUUACAGGUAAACACUGGGGCGAAGGAGCAGCUGUUUUUUGAAGCACCUCGUGGGAAAAAGCAGAAUAUUCCCGGUCAUGAGGUAGAAAAGAUUAUCUGGUCAUCAUGGACAAGUGUUCUUGGUCCAAGUUGUGAAGGUAUCUGGCCUGUGAUUGGAGAAGUAAGCGACGUGACUGCUGCCUCCCUGACCAAUGAUGGCAAAGUAUUAGCAACUGGGGAUGACUUUGGAUUUGUGAAGCUGUUUAGGUACCCAGUAAAAGGAAAGUUUGGAAAAUUCAAGAGGUACGUGGCACACAGCUCACAUGUCACCAACCUGCGUUGGAUACAUGAUGACAGUCUUCUGGUUUCAGUGGGAGGGUCAGACACUUCACUCAUGCUUUGGACCCAUCAGAUCGAUGGGCACAGGGAGACCAGACAGUGCGACAGUGAAGAGUCUGACCUUGAAUCUGAGGAAGAUGGAGGAUACGACAGCGAUGUCACGAGGGAGAAUGAAAUGAAUUACACAAUCAGAGCCUUAUCGACAAAUAUCCGGCCGAUGGCAGGGAUAAAACCACACCUGCGGCAGAAGGAGCUAUCACUGGAUGAAAGGCAGGGUGUAGUUCGACCUCCUGUUAGUAGGGCAUUACCUCCUCCUGAAAAGCUUCAGACUAAUAAUGUUGGAAAAAAGAAGAGACCCAUAGAGGACCUGGUACUGGAAUUGGUGUUUGGUUAUCGGGGUAGAGAUUGCCGGAAUAAUGUGCACUAUAUCAAUGAUUGUGCUGAUAUCUUAUAUCACACGGCGUCGGUCGGGAUCUUGUACAAUGUAGCUACAGGUUCUCAAAGUUUCUACCAAGAACAUACAGAUGACAUUUUGUGCAUGACCUUGAACCAGCACCCAAAAUUUGUCAACAUUGUGGCAACUGGCCAAGUAGGUGAUGCAGCGGAUAUGUCUGCCACGGCUCCUUCAAUCCACAUAUGGGAUGCGAUGAACAAGCAGACCCUAUCUAUCCUACGUUGCUACCACUCCAAAGGAGUCUGUUCUGUGAGUUUCAGCGCCACGGGCAAACUCCUGCUAUCAGUGGGGCUGGACCCAGAACACACCAUUACCAUAUGGAAAUGGCAGGAAGGUGCUAAAAUUGCCAGCAAAUCAGGCCACAACCAGCGCAUCUUUGUGGCCGAGUUCCGUCCAGAUUCGGAUACCCAGUUUGUGUCUGUGGGAGUAAAGCACGUUCGGUUCUGGACUCUUGCUGGGAGAGCGUUAUUGAGCAAGAAGGGUAUGCUAAGCUCCAUUGAGGAUGCUCGAAUGCAGACGAUGCUGGCAGUAGCAUUUGGAGCAGGCAAUCUGACCUUCACUGGGACUAUCAGUGGAGAUGUGUGUGUUUGGAAAGACCACAUUCUGUCCCGAAUUGUGGCCAAAGCUCACAACGGCCCCGUGUUUACAAUGUACACUACGCUGAAGGAUGGGCUGAUCGUAACAGGAGGGAAAGAAAGGCCAUCCAAGGAAGGUGGAGCGGUGAAAUUGUGGGAUCAGGAACUGAAACGAUGUCGUGCCUUCAGAUUAGAGACUGGUCAGACAACGGACUGUGUGAGAUCAGUGUGCAGAGGGAAGGGUAAAAUUUUGGUUGGGACACGCAACUCGGAAAUUAUUGAGGUGGGUGAAAAAAAUGCAGCAUGUAACAUUCUGAUCAACGGUCACAUGGAUGGACCUAUCUGGGGGCUAGCAACUCACCCAUCCAGAGAUUUUUUUCUGUCUGCAGCAGAAGAUGGGACGGUCAGGCUGUGGGACAUUGUGGACAAGAAGAUGCUAAACAAGGUAAAUUUAGGCCAUGCAGCCCGUGCUGUGUGUUAUAGCCCCGAGGGAGACAUGGUGGCUAUUGGCAUGAAGAAUGGAGAAUUCAUUAUCCUUUUAGUAGCCUCCCUUAAGAUCUGGGGCAAAAAGCGAGAUAGACGCUCAGCAAUUCAAGAUAUCAGAUUCAGCCCAGACUCUCAUUACUUGGCCGUGGGAUCCAGCGAGAAUGCCGUUGAUUUCUAUGAUUUAACAAUUGGCCCAUCUUUGAACCGGAUUAGUUAUUGCAAAGACAUCCCGAGCUUUGUGCUGCAAAUAGACUUCUCUGCUGACAGUCGCUAUGUCCAGGUUUCCACUGGAUGUUACAAACGGCUGAUCUAUGAAGUGCCUUCUGGGAAACUGCUUACUGAGCAAACUGUGAUUGACAGAAUAACGUGGGCUUCUUGGACAAGUGUCCUUGGAGAUGAGGUAAUCGGAGUGUGGUCCAGACACAACGAGAAGUCUGACGUCACCUGUGCUUGUGUCUCUCACUCAGGAAUUAGUCUAGUUACAGGGGAUGACUUUGGAAUGGUCAAACUAUUCGACUUCCCCUGUCCAGAAAAAUUUGCUAAACACAAGCGCUUCUUGGGGCACUCGGCCCAUCUGACCAAUAUUCGCUUUACCAGUGCAGAUCGGUACGUGAUCAGUGCUGGAGGAGAUGACUGCAGCUUGUUCGUAUGGAAAUGUGUGCACAUGCCGCACUGACAAGAUCCAAUCUGCAAAGCAUGACUCCGCCCAUUAAACGGGGCAGGCGAGAUUGGGGAUUCUCUCUGAGUCUGCAAGGUAACACAGGUGAUGCAGAGUCACGGAGAAGGUACAGUGCGGAUCUACCAAGCCCUGAGCUUCUGUCAGCAUAAUUCAAGGGCCAGAGACAGGCAUGCGCACAGCAAGGCAAGGCUUCAAGCAAGUUUAUCUGGAGACCGCAUUGGUUAAAGCCAGGGGCCCGUCUGUCUCUAAGUACUGAUGAGUUUUAGAAUCCAAAGCAGACUUUUUUCCAGCACAGUAUUACAGAUCGCUUGUCAGACUGGCUCGUCUGUCACUAGGCCAGUUGGAAAUACCAAACAAGCAAGAAGUAAAAGGAGAUGCGGAGGGGUCUUGGGUACAUUCCUGUUACAUAAACUGACCGUACUGAGCUAUAGCAACUGCACCAGUGACAUGCACCUCGAGUAGCUGUGCCAGACGGGAUGUGGCUCACAUUUUGCGAGUGCCUUCCCUACACUCCCAAAGUCUAACAACUCCUGUAUUUGCCUUGUAAGUUGAACUGUUCGUUUAAUGCUGAGGAUGCCAUAUGUAUGUAUGUGUUGCUUGUUUCUUCUUUCUGAACUGUACGCCUGUAUUAUGAAGAUGUUAUCCUGUCUAUUAAGUUGUGUAUUUAACCCCUUCGAUCCUGUAACUCAUCGGGAUGGUCACUGAAGGGGAUUAUGGGUGCAUUUAGUCUUAAAAUCAAUAUAAAUAUAAUUUCUUACAAGCUCUUCCCAUAUCUAUGAAUAUUUUUGAGUGUUGCUGCUGUGGUAUCACCUAGAAAGCAAAGGUUAUGGGGGGGGGAUUUUAAAAUUCUAGAAUUACUAAAAAAGACUAAUCUGACCAGGAAUUGCAUUUUAGUCCAAAAUAACUGUUUUUAUUCCCAAAGUUGCUGCACCCUUUUCAGUUUAUGAGAAUUUGUUUUAUAAAAAAAAACAUGCAUUUUAUACACCGUUUUUAGCACUUAAAGCGCUGGCUUUCAAACCAGUCAUCAAGGCACACAUACAAAUCCAGGUUUUAGGGAUUUCUUACUAAAAACACCUUUGACACAACAGGGUAACCCCUAAAUCCUAGAUCGGUAAGCGUGCCUUAAAGACUGGGACGAACAUGGCACACUAUGGUUGUUUGAAGAAUCAUUUAAAGGGGUGAGGGUGCCAUUUAAGUGAUAUGAUGCGCAACCCCAGCAUCAAAUACAUUCGGCAAAAAUGAUAUUGAUGUUCACACUUACAAGAGCCUAUCAGCCUACCAGUGUCAUUUGGUUUUACUGCCCUGUAAACUGAGGGAAGCGAGUUACGGAGUCAGGUUUUCGAUAAGCAUUGUUUAAAGUCUUUUGCAUUACCUUAAAACCCACUGGGAUGUGCCAAAAACAGUAUAGAGAAGUUAGAAAAUGAAUAGAGCAAUUCAUUCAUAAAUAAAGACAAAAACAAAAGAAGUAUGCGUCUGUGUUUAAAAAAUGUUUAGCAACCCUUCUACUCUUGUUAGAGAGAAAUGUACGAGUUUACAAUUAGAAAUUCCCUUGUCAAUUUCUACAAAACCCCAACCAAUGACAUACUGACACAGGGUUAUUCACUAAGCUCAGUAAUUAAAUCCCAGCGCGAAACCUGAUAUGUAACUGGUAAAAAAAAAGAAAAAAAAAGAAAUUGUUGUUUAGUGAAUAACUCUGUAUGUUUUUUUUUUUGUGGGACUCCAUGGAUUUCUGCUUUCUGUCAAGCAGGACUUGAACGUGCUGCCCAGUCAUAUAUGAUAUUAAUAAGCUCCUUAUAUAAAA